AUGGCUGCCCAAAACGGAACCUCCAAUGACUUCACUGUCAAGGCCGGUCUGGCCCAGAUGUUGAAGGGUGGUGUGAUCAUGGACGUCGUCAAUGCUGAGCAGGCCCGCAUUGCCGAGGAAGCCGGUGCCGCCGCCGUCAUGGCCCUCGAGCGUGUCCCCGCCGAUAUCCGUGUCGAGGGUGGCGUCGCCCGUAUGUCCGACCCCAGCAUGAUUAAGGAGAUCAUGGAGGCUGUGACUAUUCCCGUCAUGGCUAAGGCUCGCAUCGGACACUUUGUUGAAUGCCAGAUCCUCGAAGCCAUCGGUGUCGACUACAUCGAUGAGUCUGAAGUCCUGACCCCGGCCGACGAUGUCUAUCACGUCACCAAGUCCACCUUCAAGGUUCCCUUUGUCUGCGGCUGCCGCAACCUCGGUGAGGCCCUGCGCCGUAUCUCCGAGGGCGCUGCUAUGAUCCGCACCAAGGGCGAGGCCGGCACCGGCGACGUCGUCGAGGCCGUAAAGCACAUGCGCACUGUCAAUGCUCAGAUUGCUCGUGCCCGUGGUAUCCUUCAAUCCAGCCAGGACUCCGAGCCCGAGCUGCGCGCCUUCGCCCGUGAGAUCGAGGCUCCCUACGAGCUGGUCCGCGAGGUCGCCGAGAAAGGCCGUCUGCCCGUGGUCAACUUCGCGGCCGGUGGUGUCGCUACCCCUGCCGAUGCGGCGCUGAUGAUGCAGCUGGGCUGCGACGGUGUCUUUGUCGGUUCCGGUAUCUUCAAGUCUGGUGAUGCUAAAAAGCGUGCUCGUGCCAUUGUGCAGGCUGUGACUCACUUCAAGGACCCCAAGGUUCUUGCUUCGGUCAGCGAGGGACUGGGUGAGGCUAUGGUCGGCAUCAAUGUUCAGAAGAUGCCCGAGGCCGACAAGCUGGCUGGACGUGGUUGGUAA